UUCGAUAAACAGGAUUUACACGUUGGAAACCAGUCUUAGUGACAAGGCGCGUGCGCAAUAAGGCAGCCAAAGGAAGGUUUAUCGAUGUCCUUCUUCAAGAAUCUSYUGAGAAAAGGCCGAAAACUUCCAAGGACSAAGCAAAGCGAUCGCUCAGGAUCGAUGAAAGAUCGAAAAAUGGAUGCUGAAGCACUAGAUGCUGAAUUUGGGAAAUUUCUUUCGGGUGUUGUCGAAGGUUUUUAUGGAAGACCUUGGACGUUUGAACAAAGAAAAGAAUUAUUUUUAAGAUUGAAGUCCCUGGGGAUGAAUACAUACUUGUAUGCCCCAAAAGAUGAUCUWAAGCACAGAGCUUUAUGGAGAGAUCCCUACAACAAGGAAGAAUCAGAUAACCUAAAGCAGCUUAUUGACUGUGCCAAGCAACACGAUAUUAUGUUUUAUUAUGCAUUAUCUCCUGGACUGGAUAUGGUAUUUUCCAACCCAAAGGAAGUAGCAUUACUAAGAAAGAAAAUGGAACAGAUGCAAAGCCUUGGCUGUGAUGCAUUUGCAUUGUUAUUUGAUGACAUYGACCCAGCCCUAAAGGCUCCUGAUGAAGAAGUCUUUGACUCAUUUGCUGCAGCUCAAGUACAAGUCACUAAUGAAGUCUUUCAUGCAUUGAAUAAACCCAAAUUCAUGUUUUGCCCAACAGAAUAUUGUGCUACACGUGCCGUUCCUAAUGUUGAAAACUCAGAGUAUCUUCGCACCCUGGGCAAUAAUCUUGAUUGUGAGAUUGAUAUUCUUUGGACAGGACCAAAGGUGAUCUCCAAAGUGAUAACCCCUCAUUCUAUCCAAGUUCUUUCAAAUGUMUUAAAAAGAAAGCCAGUGAUUUGGGACAACAUCCAUGCCAAUGACUAUGAUCAAAGACGCAUGUUCCUUGGACCUUACCAUGGAAGACCAACGCAACUUUAUAACAGCGUGGGUGGAGUCCUUACCAAUCCAAACUGUGAAUUUGAAAGUAACUUUGUUGCUAUUCAUACCUUGGGGACGUGGGUGAAAUGUGCCAAAGGUGAAACACCAGCUGAAGAGCCUAUGAGUUUAGAUGUUGAAUCAGAAAAAUCCACUGAUAAAAUGGAUGAAGACACUGAAAUCCCUGAAAAAGAUGCUGUUGAAAGUGACAAAACUGAAAAGUCAGAACCCAAAGAAAAUGGAGACUAUCCGAUGGAGACAGACAGCUCUACCUCACUAGUACCUCCUCCUCAACGGGUUUUCUUUAGUAUAUCAUCUACCAAGACAGCUAAACAGAAUAGUAGGAAUAAACGGGGCAGUUCAUCUCCUGUCGAGCCCCAGAAGGAAGCRAAAGUUACAGAAGAAGCCUUGAUGGACGUGUCUGACCUUAAAAAACCACCUUCAAGUCCUGUAACAUCAGAAGAUCUGUUACUAUUAGUAGAUCUGUUCUACCUGCCGUACAGUCAUGGGGUUAAAGCCAAACAAAUCCUUUCUGAAUUUAAAUGGUUAAAAAACAAUGCAAUUAAAGAAGAAUCUGAUGAAUUUAAAGAACUCACUGAAGAUGAACAAACAGCCAAGGUAAUGACUAUAUUAUUAUAUGUAAUAGGACUCCAUGCUGUCCAAUUAAGAAAUAAUUGGACACUAAUUCAGAAAACAUUGAAUAUUGAAUACUGUGUAGUGGAUAUCUUCGAAUGCACUAUGCAGAAUUCAAUGUUUUCUAAAAUGCUGUAUACAUGUAUUUCAUCCCCUUUCCUUCAAUCAAUUUGMUGUAUGCAUUCAUUUAUUCAUUUUUAUCACCAGAAAAGUAUGUAUGAAAUCUGUUUAUCAACAUGUGAUGAUGGUCAAGAUGGUCAUGAUUUGUUUGCUAAUGAACUUGAUAUGGCAGGAGACAGAUUUGUUGGUCCUUAUAUCAAUAUCUGUCCUGAACAUGUGUUUGUAGUGGAAGAUAGUUAUGGACUGUGUGGUUAUGCUGUAUCAACAUCAGACUCUAAACAUUUCUAUGAGCUWUACAAGAAAGACUGGUUACCAAAGGUAUGCGAAAAGUAUUCUAAACCACAAGGCAAUUCAGAAGAGUGGACGUAUGCUGAUCACAUAGCAGAUAGCUUUUAUUCACCAAGAAUAUUUCUACCUGAUGAAUUGUACUCUAAACAAUCUGCUCAUGUUAGAAUAGAUGUCCUGCCAAGAGCACAGGACCAUUUCUUAAUGAAGCGACUAAUGACGUGUGUUCUGUCAGCCCUCAAAGCAGAAGGUUGUAAUGGAGUAUACAGUGAAGUAUGCUUAAAUAAUAGAGACGCUAUAGAGUCUUACUGUAGAUUGGGCUUCUAUGAAAUCCAAUUAAAAGACCCAUUACCUGAAGAUACUAUAUACUAUGGCAGAGUAUUUUAGUACAAUCCAAUUAAGAUAUCAGACAUGUAGCAAAUUAGAUUGUCCUUCAGCCAUACAAACACAAGUGGUGUGUAACAUAAGUUCAAAACUAUAGUGCAUUCAUUAUAUUAUCUGUGGAACAUUUUAUUAAGAUAUUGUACAAAAUGGUACUAAUUAGAAGACAAAGACUUUUGCAUAAAUUUUCCUAGUUUAGUUUGGAAACUGUUCCAUGGAUAUAGUGAAUGUACUUUCAAUAAAACUCAGAAUAAAAACUAAAUUUAUAGAGUGAAGUCAAAMAGCCAUGAAAWAGAURUUACACUAGUACACCUUGGUACUCUCUAAUUGCAUUGUUUUCUUUUGUGUUUUUAACUUAAACACUUUUAAGUAAUAGUCAAACUUUGUUUCAUGGGUUUAAUGACUCCACACUCUAACACAAUUGAGAACAAUUAGUUCAAGUCUACUGCAUAUUAUUAUUAUUGGCCUUAUAAUGAUUCUUUCACAGUUGAUAGAAAGUCGCUAGGAAAAUUUCUCUUAGGUGUACUGUAGUCUAUGCGAUGGUCGUUAUUUGUUUCCAAUUCUAACUAAGCUUGAAGUARUAAKUUUGCAUAGCUGCAUUGUGCAACAGCUGCAUGUUUAUACUUCAGCUUCAAAUUCAAGUAAAAUGUACUUWACACGUUUUUUAUUGUGAAAUUAUUAGCAUGUGUUAUUGCAUGAAUUUCAAUAUUUCAAUCAAGAAAAUCUAUUCGUGGAAAAUUAGUUGUAGUUCAUUGAAAUAUUUCAAUUUAUCAGAAUGUGAAUUCUUUAUUUAUGUGYCAUAUAUUGAAAUCAUUACAUAGUAAAUUUGUAAAUUGUGAAUAAUGUUAUAAAAGAAGAUAAGUUUAUACAGGUACAUUAAGUGUAUAAAUAUUGUGAAUUUAGUCUAUGUAUGUCUGUGCUGUAAGGGUAAGAGGGCUAGUCACUAAAACAAUUGUUUUUAUUAAAAUAGUCCUCCGUUUUUCAAGUCUUUAUUCUCUCAGAACCAUGAAGUAGAUUUAAUGUCCUUAAAAAAUUAUCCUUUCUUCGUCUUCUAUACUUGUUCAUUUUCUUAGAAGAGGAAGAAAGGUUCCUUAUACCGUGUACUGUAUAAUGUAGAAGUUACAUGUAAAAUUUAUUAAUAAUUAUCAGAUUGAUCCAAUAUACUGUAGUAAUUAUGUAAUUAUUGUAUUGCUAUUGUACAGUAAAAUAUSAACUUUAAAACCA